ACCCGGCAGGCUGCGGGACCGAGUCAGGAUGUGAUUUUGGAGAAAAGCUGCAGUUUUCCUCAAUGAUUGGACCUUUAAGAAAGACUCAUCGAAGGAAAAUCCAUAGAAAAAACAAAAAGUUUAGUUUCACUGAAAGGAGGAAAACUUUAGUUCGGAGAUGGAGCCUGAGGAGGGGAAGAUCUCUGUGUGGGUCUGCCGAGAAGAGAAGCUGGUCUCCGGACUGACUAAGCGCACCACCUGCGCUGAUGUGGUGCGGGUUCUGCUGGACGACCAGAACCUGCAGCAGGGCGCAGCGGCCGCGAUGCUGUCCGGAUCCCCGCAGUCCUACUGCGUGGUGGAGAAGUGGAGAGGCUUCGAGAGGAUGUUACCCAACAAGACCAAGAUCCUGCGGCUGUGGAGCGCCUGGGGGGACGAGCAGGAGAACGUCCGCUUCGUCCUGGUGAAGAGCGAAGCUUCGCUGCCCAACAACGGACCCCGCAGCGCCGAGGCGAAGGUGGUCCAGAGCCGGGAGAGCGGCGCCCCGGCCGGGCUGCUCAGGGGCCCCGCCAGGAGCUGCUGGGUGGCCGCGGCCGCUGCGGCCAACAUGUCCCAGGAGAGGCAGAGGAGGAUCGUCCGGAAGGCCUUCAGGAAGCUGGACAAAAUGAACAGAAAGAAGGAGCAGACGUUGCCUAAGGGGAAGAACUCAGUGGAGAAGAUGGAGACGCUGGUCCACCUGGUGAUCUCACAGGAUCACACCAUCCGGCAGCAGGUCCACAGAAUCCAGGAGCUGGACCGAGAGAUCGAGCGAUACGAGGCCAAGGUGCACUUUGACCGCAUCAAGAGACACGGAGCGAACUAUGUGCAGGACACAUACCUGACGGACUCCUCCUCGGAGACCUCCGCUCCUGCCGCGGACGGGAAGCGCAAAGCGGAGCGCCAGGACGCGCGCUGCGCCGCGGAGGCGCUGGCGCAGUUCGAGGAGUACGCGCGCCGCUGCGAGGAGGUGCUGCGGCUGCAGGAGGAGGUGACGGAGCGGGAGGCGCUGCUGGAGAGCAUCACCGGGGAGAUCCAGGAGGAGCUGAACCGGCGAUGGAUGAGGCGGCGACGGGAAAACGGCGCCGAGGCUGCGGCGCAGGACACCGACAGCACAGCGGAGGAGAUGAGCCUCUGUGAGGCGCCAGCUGUGGAGCCAGAUGUGGAGAGCCUGUCGGAGAACGAGCUCCUGCUGGAGGAGGAGAGAAUAAAAACCCAACUAGACACCAGUCUGUACAUAGGCUUGAGACUAAAGACGGACCUGGACGCGAUCAGGGGGGAUUUGGACCUGAGUCUGGCACUCUGGGAAACCAAAGAGAGCGAACUGCUGGACCUACUUGCCAAAGUUGAAAGCAUGGAGCUGGAGCAGGCGGAGAGCCAGCUGACGGAUGAUGGGAAGGAAGAGCCGACUGCUGGCAGUGGGGAAACUGACCCGGGUUUAGGAGAACACAGCAUAGGCUGGGUGGAGAAGGCCAGAGGUUUGUCCAAAGCCUGCAGCAUCAACGAUGAGGACUCGGACACAGGUCUGAGCUCCAUGCACAGCCAGGACUCUGACAACCCUCCUGUCUGUGAAUCACUGGUGUAGACCUGCUUUGUGUCUGAGCUUCUAAGGCUUUUAUGCAACUUCAUGCCACAAACUCAGGGGCAGAGAAAAAAAAAUCAAUGUUUGCUUCCUGAAAUCCAAAAUUGCACCUCUGUGACACAGCGAUUCUGCAGCAAUAAUCUCUAUAUAGUCCCAGCAGACAAAGCAAGCUUAGGAAAGCAUGUGUAUUAGAGGCUGACCUCUGACCUCCAACAGGGGAGUCAAAGGAGCAUCAUUUAUUAGAAGAAGCAGCCUGGACACGUGUAAUAACAAAACACAGAGGUGCUGAGAUAAUCCUGGUCAGCUUGUGUUUGUUGGCUGGUUUAAGGAGCAAAAGCACCAGGAUAAGUGUUCUGGUUGGAUCUGUAAUGGUGACGAAUAUCAGCUUCUAACCGAGGGUCAGAAUCACUUCAACAGUCAGAAUGUUGGAAAACAAACAACACAAAUUCAAAAAUCAUUAUGAAGAAUCAUCACAUAUUGUUUUUUAUCCUGAAGGUUUAACUGUUUAGAAAAAAAACUUUCUUGUUAGAUUAAAUUUGAAAAAUUAACUGCUGUUAACAUUUCUGUUUAAGUAAAACUGACGGAUGGUUUGAAGUCUUUUUUAUUUCCUUUGACACAGAUCAGCCCGUUUGAGAUUCUGUUUGCAUCUCAUUUAAAACAAAAAAGCAAAGUUGAUUCAGCUGCUGUCAGAAUGAAUCAUUUCCAUUGCAUCCGUGAUACUGCUUUGACUGUAAAGCAUUUAGUUUAAAAAAUAAAAAUAAAUUCUGCCUCCCUGUUAUUAUAGAGAAGAACUGAAAACAUGAGAAAGUUAUUUAAUUAUUCAGGAAAUCUCCUUUCCGUGGCCUAAAACUGUUGUCAAAUCAGUUUUACAGGAUUUAACUUUCAGUUCUUUACUUGACUGCUUGUUUUUAAAUCAAUCGAACCGAUCCCUGAUGUGUUCAGACAACGAUUCUGGUCCAAUUCUGGGAGUCGAUGUUUCUUUUCCUGCAUUUAUAUGAUCAAAAUGACAACAAAUGUUACACAAUUCUCUAUUUAAACCAAAAUAAGCAUGAAUAAAUCAGGCAAAUGAACAAAAGCUUUUUCUUUUCUAACAUUGAAAGAGCAAAGAGCCUUUUUUCAUCCAGCUGACCGGUAACCUGCAGCAGCAGGUAGUUAAAGUGAGGAUGACACUAAUUUAUGCUGCCAAAGCUGCAGUCUCUCUGUCACUUUCUAUAAACCAGAUUCAGUGUUUUCUAAAACAUAUGUUUUAAAAUAUUAAUAUUGUUUGAUACCAGCUCAUGACUGAUCAUAAAUCUUUUUUUGUCUUGCCCCUCUUACUGUAAAAGUUGAAAUAUGUCAUAACAGAAUCUCAAUGAACCCUGACAGCUUGAUAAACGCAAA